AUGACUUCUGAGAAAUGCGAAUUCAAGCUGGACACCGAAUCAGGUGGGUCUUCCCCAUUUCCUCAUGUAGGUUACAUAGAGGGCAUGUGUUUUGCCAAGCAAUCGUGUCCGGUACGUAGUCUAAACUCAGCAACGGCUUCGAUUCUUGGCCAGUCGGGUAUGUCGGAGAGUGCCACUGUCCACUGUUCCUCCUUUGUUCGAGCUUUGAGUUCGUUGAACCUUGAGGUCUGGAAUUCUCUCCUGAUUAAGGCCUUCAUUGAGUGGAAAGACAUCGGCCGGUCCAUGCAUUGCAAAAUCGUUGUCCCCUUCUUAGCAAGUGUGUCAGCAAUCUCAUUGCCUUUAAUGCCACAGUGA